AUGCAGAACCCCAACGAGGACACAGAGUGGAACGAUGUGCUUCGCCAGCACGGAAUUCUUCCCCCCCGCGCCCCUUCUCCUACUGCUCAAUUGGAGGCUGCUAUGGAAGAAGCCGUAGAUAAGGCCUAUGCCAAUAGGCUGGAGGGCAAGUCGCUGAACGAGCUGGAUGAGCUGGAAGACGACGGACUCGAGGACGAAGAGUUUAUUCAAAUGUACCGGGAAAAGCGAAUGGCCGAGAUCCAGGAACAGGCCUCCCGGGAACGGUUUAGUGAAGUUGUCCAUAUUUCCAAACCGGAGUAUACUGAGGAAAUCACCAAUGCAUCUAAAUCCUGGCCGGUUUUUGUGCACAUUGUUGGCUCGGGUGUCGUUCAGAGCAAGCUACUUUCUGCUCUGCUUCUUCGUGUGGCCCCUCGAUUCAAGGAUAUCAAGUUUGUCGAAAUUGACAGCCGGCAGAUCAAUGAAAAGUACCCAUCCUCGCAGUGCCCCACUAUUCUUAUCUACAAAAACACAAACGUGCUUGACCAAAUUGUCACACUGGAUACAAUUGGUGGAAACUCAACCAAUUUGCAUGAUAUUGAUCGUUUGCUUGUCAAGGAAGGUCUUGUCGAGCGCACCGACGAGCGUUUGCUGGAGAACCAAGACUCGGACUAG